AUGCAUAUGUUACAAUCUCAUCUAGAUAAAUUUAAAGAUAGGAUGGGAGCUUAUUCGGAAGAACAAAGGGAACGCUUCCAUCAAGACAUAGUGGAAUUUGAGAUCUUACUUACCAAGACCAUCGAAAACAUGAACUCAGACAAUCAAGUUCAAGCUCGCAUUAAUGGUAAACAAACAAAACCUGUACCAGUCAAUAAGGGUAUGAGACAAGGAGACUCGCUUAAUCCCAUGCUAUUCAACAUUCAAAAAGGUGCAGCUAGGCAAAGUCGCAAAAAUGAGGAUGAUCUUCAAAGGCUUUUACAUGUGUUUAACUGCGCAGCUAAAUCUUUCAAUAUGUUAAUAUCUGCAUCCGAAACAAAGUGUAUGACCACAUCCAGAACUCCGAUAAGAUGUAAGCUAAUCGUAGACGACCAAAUAAUUCAUCAAGUGAUGAAAUUCAAAUACUUAGGAAUCGAGAUUUCAGGAGAAGUAGAGAACGAAGUAAGAGAGCAAACAACCAAAGCCUUAAGAAUCUCAGCAUGUUUGAACGAAACCAUAUGGAGAAAUAAUGGAAUAGAGGCCAAAUCGAUAAUAUUCAAGGCUACGGUAAGACCCAUUAUGACCUACAAGGCAGAGACACGACCAGAAAUGGCGAAAACCAAAAGAAUUAUGGAAACAGCUGGAAAAGAAGUGAGAACAUCAGAAGGUUGCGCAAAAUAG